CAUACUGAUGGCUUUUUCCCAUCAGUUAAAAAAGCUUCACAAUGGCUGCUUCUCUCUCAUCCUCGUUCACGCUUCCGCCACCGACAGCCACCGCCGCAGACGUUUGAUAUAACCGCUUUCCGGUCGAUUCCCCUUGCCCUAAUUUGGUCCGCGGGUCAAUUUCUGUUUCUUUUCUCGACGACCGCCGUGAUCGAUUCAGUUUUCUUCUCAAGACGCACGCUUUUCGUCGCGAUUUCGCUCCUGGUCAGCUCCAAUUGCUUCGACUCGGUAGAUGGCUCGUGGCGACUCGGCAAGUUUUCUCGGUCCUGGUUUCCGGUUCCACCCCACCGAUGAGGAACUGCUCCGGUACUACCUGAAGCGAAAGGUCACUAACAAGCCCGUCCGAUUUGACCCGAUUUCCGUCGUUGACGUCUACCGGACGGAGCCCUGGGAUCUCCCUGAUCGAUCAAAGUUGAAGAGCAGGGAUUUGGAGUGGUACUUCUUUAGUUUAUUGGAUAGAAAGUAUAGUAAUGGGUCAAAGACAAACCGGGCUACUGAGAAAGGCUACUGGAAAACAACUGGGAAAGAUAGGCCUAUACUCUCCAACUCUGUAACCGUGGGGAUGAAGAAAACUCUUGUUUUCCACAUUGGGCGGGCUCCACAUGGCGAGCGUACCAAUUGGGUGAUGCAUGAGUACCGCCUUUCUGACGAGGAAUUGGGGAAAUUCGGAAUUGGUCAAGAUACUUAUGUCCUUUGUAGGAUUUUCAGAAAGAGUGGAACUGGUCCGAAAAAUGGGGAACAGUAUGGAGCGCCUUUUGUUGAGGAGGAAUGGGAAGAUGAUGAUGUCCCUGUUCUAACUGGCGAAGAGUUCGUUUCUGCUGAUGGUGUGGUUGAGAUUGACAAUGAAUAUGUGGAUGCGGAAGACUUUGAUCAGAAAGUUGAUGUUGGUAUUGAACCCGAGAAUGUUAAUGUUCCGCCGACCUUCUACUAUGAAGAGACGAGCAACAAAAUAGAGAAUGUCGGAGGCUCUGGUGAAGAUGGGCCUAAACCCCUUACGGCCGAGCCACUAAACACCUUGGCAGUGCCAGUUCAAGCACAGUUACCUUAUAUAUCUGGGCAAAAUGAGAUGGGUGACAACUGUGUAGAUGCACAGUAUAUUGCAAGUUCAAGCAAGGACUCGAAUCCUCAUGAUAACAAGGAUGCUGCUAACAGUGAAUAUGCCGAGGGGCUUUUCUUGGAAGCAUCUGAAUUGUCAAAUCCUCUGGAGCCAGGUUCAGACCCUGCCGAUUUUAACUUGGAGGAUUUCCUUGAUUUUGAUCAGCUGGACUUUGAUCUUUCUGAAGCAUUGAGAGGUGAUGGUUUCACUUCUGAUCAGUCACUUGAAUCUAACAAGGUUUCAAGUGGGGUAGUUGAUGAUCUUCACUCUAGGAGUGAAAACAUGCUAAGCAUGCAGGGUGGUGCAUCUUCCUCAGAGCAGAUGCCUGAUUCUACCAUGUUGAAACCAUAUAGCAUGAAAUCUGAAUCCGAUGUCAACUAUCCAUUCAUUAGCAAAGCGAGCCGGAUGCUGGGCAAUAUACAUGCACCUCCUGCGCUGGCUGCAGAGUUCCCAGUCAAGGGAGCAGCAGCUCUGCGGUUUGCUUCAUCUCAACCUUCCAGCUCAUCCAUUCACGUCACUGCCGGUAUGAUAACAAUAGAGAACAUGGCACCGAGAGGCAACGGGAUGGAUGGGAAUACUUUGGGGAAGAACAUGGGGGUCAAUGUGGUCAUGUCUAUUACCUGGCCGCAAGGACUUGGUGGUACGAGUGUGAAAUCAGGAUCCAUGUUUACUAGGGUCUGGGUGUGCCUAAUGUUCUUCUGGGUCCUGAUUCUUUCCGUGAGCUACAAGAUUGGAACUCGUAUCUGCUCUAAAUAAGAGGGUCUAAGGUGGAAGCUGGACGCCCAUUUGGGUGACGGGAAGCAGUUGAAGCCUUGUUUUAGUUUGUUGCUCCGAGGAGAUCUCCAUUAAUAUACGAUCAUAGGAGUCUAUAUGGGGAUAGCGUUCUGCUAUUGGACACAGGUUUAUUAUUGGUAGGAGUGAGUGAGGGACUAACCAUCAGACCGACUAAUUUCUUUCACUUUUCUCUGUGACUCUGUUCUGUUUUUAUGAGAUCUGUGGAACACUCAUCUCUAUUAUAUACUAGACACUGGCAUACUCUUUUGAACACGAAGUUGCAUUACCAUGCCAGAGGGCUGCUCUGAUCAGACUCAUAGCUGCUGUUAAACACGCUGUGUUCAAAGUCCGGUAUGGUGAUCCUUUCGACGGAGCUACGGAGCUACGCCUCUUUGUAUGCAGAAUAGGUGUUUGGUUGCAUGUAUUUGGAGAAUGGGUUAAGAACUUAAUAUCAUGCGUGGGAGAGAAGUACUUAAACAACAUUUUAUAAAAUUAGAACUCACAU